AUGGCGAAUCAUCAUCCGGUUGUAGUAGAUUCCAUGGUAUGGAAAGCAUGCGUUGGUUCUUUUUCAAUUCCAUCCAUUGGUGAAACAGUAUACUAUUUCCCCGAAGGUCAUGCAGAGCAGUUACGAUCAACUCCUGUUUUUUCUCCGGCGGUUUAUGAUAAACCCUUAAUUCUAUGUCGCGUUACCGGCGUUAGGUUUCUAGCCAAUUCUGUAACAGACGAAUUGUUCGCUAGCAUUCGAUUAGUGCCCAUUUCCGGGUCCGAUGACGGUUUGAAAAUUGAAGGUGCAAUCGAGAACAAAGUCGAGGAGAGGAUUGAAACAUUCAGCAAGAAACUGACGAAGUCUGACGCGAAUAAGAGAAGAGGGUUUACAGUGCCUAAGCUUUGCGCUCAAUUGAUACUUCCGGAGUUGAAUCUUGAUGAAAGAAAUCCGGUGCAGUUUCUUUCGUUUAAGGAUGUUGUGGGUCGUGAAUGGGUUUUUCGUCAUGUCUAUAGAGGUAUUCCUCCCCGGCAUUUAUUUUCGACCGGUUGGAGCAUAUUUGUUGAUGCUAAGAAACUGGUGUCUGGUGAUUCUAUUGUGUUUAUGAAGAAUACUUGUACAUAUCAGUAUUAUGUUGGGAUUCGUAGAGUGAGGGAGAUUCAUAGUCUCGUUCAGGAUGGGGAUCAGGAAGGUGGUGAUGAUGAAGGUGUGAUUUCGACAGAGUUGGUUGUGGAGGCAGCAGAGUUAGCUGCGGCAAACAAGCCUUUUCAAGUAAGUUAUUAUCCGAUGGCUGGUCGGUCUGAAUUUGUGGUCAAUUCCAAAUUGGUUCAGAAAUCUUGUUCUUUUAAUUGGGCUGAUGGAGUUAGAGUGAAGAUGGCUGUUCAGAGUGAUGGUUCAUCAUCCAAUAUGGUAUGGUAUCAAGGCACUGUAACUUCACCAUCUAUGGUUCAAACUCCUGAUCUUGAUCUAGAUCUUGAUCUUGAUCUUGAUCCUGAUCCUGAUUAUCCUAAUCCAUGGCAUGUAACUUCUCCAUGGAAAAUGCUUUGGGUUGAAUGGGACAAGCAAGAAGGUUUAGAAAACAUGAACAAAAGAGUAAGCCCAUGGCAAGUGGAAUGCAAGCACUAUAUGCCUCCAACAGAACUGUUUUAUGCUUCUUCUUCUGCUUCUUUUGAGAAAUCAGGUUCUAAAAGAAGAAUAAAAGAUGUCUUUCCUAUCGGCACAAGACUAUUAAACAACACUGUUAAUGUUUCUGUUGCUGCCGCUAUUCAUUACUCUAUUCAUGCUCGCAAUUAUGGCAUGCAGGGAGCCAGGCAACAAGAUCACCGCCACUUAAAUGAUCAAAUACCCAUUUCUCCUAACUUUAUGCACCACCAACCCGGAUUACUACUUUCUUCUGACUCGAGCCUUGCACCAUCCACAUCUAAUUCUCACUCAGGAAGAAGCAUUUCACUCGAGAGUCAAAACAACAACAAUAACGACCACAAUUCUGAAUCACCUCCUACCGUUAACGAAUCUUUAGAAAAGGAUAAUGUUGAUAAUUAUUCUUCAUUCAAGUUGUUUGGUAAGAACAUCUAUGUCAAGGAUCCCCCUUCUUCUACUAUGGAUUAG